AUUGGCAAUCUUAUCAAUCUUUUUCGCGAUAAUCUUUUUUAGGCAUCAAAAGUGCAGUGUGCGUUGAAGAAUUUAUUAGAUUCAUGUGCAGAAAGUGCAACAGACACAUCUGAACUGGCACAUCUAUAUUCGCACAUGUACAUUUGCUGCGCGCGUUCUGUCGCUCUGACAUUGAAAUCGUAUCGCUGACAGCAUGCGGCCUAUCAAACGAUUAAGAGGCUCAUUCUACUGAUGAAAGAUCAGAGUACGAGUUUGACAUCAAAUGUGCGAGGCGGCUCGAAACGUUUGCAGCAAUGGCGCUAUUUUAGCAUGAGAAAAUGCCAAAGUAAGGAGAUUAUCGGAUUUACUGGAUCAGUACCUGCCUAUACUCAUACAUAUAAAUCAUGAACAUUAAUUACACGCAACUGCCUGUAAAGGCGCAUUAUUUCUUUUUUAUGGCAGCUAUGGGUCCCAUUUUGCCGUUUCUACCAGUUUACGGCAAGCAACUCGGUGUUUCACCAUUAGUUAUGGGUAGCAUCACCGCAAUUUUGCCUAUCUUGUUUCUAAUCGCGAAACCAACAUUUGGCUUUGUCGUGGAUUAUUUUCGUCCCUGGAGAAAAUUAAUAUUUAUGACGUUACUUGCCGUAACAAGUAGCUGCUAUAUUUUUAUGUACUUUUUACCGGCUUUGCCCGGCCCGUUGCUUCCAGAUCAUCCAUUUCAAAAUGUUACCUGUGCAUCUUUACCACCCUGCGAUGUAGACUAUCGUGCCUUAGCAAUGGCAUCGUGUAACGGUACAAAAGACACUACAUGUCAUUGGGUAUGCAAGGAUGCGAAUUUUUCUACAAGAUUAUCUUUCGAUGGAAUUAAAAAGAAAGCUGUUAUUUCGCCGGAUACCACAUGCUUAUUAAACAUCAAUGAGACGUCAUUGUGUCAAACAAAUAUAACGAAGACUAAUUGCAAUGUUACUUGUGAUAAUUUCGAAGAUAAUUAUUGUCUAUAUACGUCUAUUACCUUCUGGGGAUUCGUGCUCUUGAUGUCUCUUGGUAACAUCGGUUUCAAUGUUUCCAAUUGCAUAAGCGACGCAAUUUGCUUUGAUGUAUUGGGUGAAGGUGGACAAAUGGGGUACGGUAGACAACGAGUAUGGGGUACAAUCGGUUUCGGCGUAGCAGCAUUGUUAGCUGGGGGCACAGUAGACUUAUGGUCCCAAGGGGAAAUUUACAAAACUUACACACCGGCGUUUUUCCUUGUGCUCGCAUUUACUUCUAUCGAUUUAAUUUGUUGCAGGAAGUUGGAUUUGCCGCUUAUGUCAGGAUCAUCAAACAUAUUGAAAGACACAUGCAGUCUUUUGAAAUUAAAACCUAUCAUUAUAUUUUUAUGUUUUGCUACUCUUGCGGGUAUCUUUGAUAGCUUUAUAAUUUACUUUUUAUUUUGGUAUUUGGAAGAUCUUGCUAUGGCAACUGGUCAUAUGGGAAAAAUUAAAUUAAUAGAAGGUUUAAUUGUAGCUGCGGAAACUUUCGGUGGCGAAAUAAUAUUCUUCUCUGUAUCUGGCAAAAUAUUGAAGAAAUUUGGAUACGGUUAUACCUUCACAUUUUGCUUCGUAUGCUAUGCACUGCGACUGGGAUUAAUAUCUCUUGCUCCAACACCAUGGUGGGUACUUCUGGUGGAAUUCUUCAUGCAGGGACCAACAUAUGCACUUUGCUACACAACAAUAGUGGCUUACGCGAGUGCAGUAUCACCACCUGGUACAUCAGCUACUGUGCAAGGAAUUGUAGCAGGAAUGGAUGAUGGCUUGGGUUUUGCAGUCGGUAGUUUAAUUGGAGGUAUUUUAUACAAGAAAGUUGGUGGUGCAACGACUUUAAAAAUAUUCUCAGGACUUGCAGCAUUUUCUGCGCUUAUGUAUUUUAUUCUUCAUAUUUUGUACUUAAAGGAUAAAACACCAGAUACACGAAAAAAUGUCGAAUGGAAGACACCUGACGAUGCACAAAGACACUGUGAUGUAGCAGAAUGAUACGCAUUGUAUAUUUUUUUUAUUUUAAAUAAUCAAAAAUAAUAUUUUUAUUUUAUAUAUAUUAUAUAAUUUUAUACACAUACAGACACACACACACACACACAA